AUGUACUUCUUCCUGCUCAAUCUUGCCCUCCUCGACAUGGGCACCAUCUCCACCAUUCUCCCCAAGUCCAUGGCCAAUUCUCUCUGGGAUUCCAGGGCCAGCUCAUACUUGGGAUGUGCGACACAGCUCUUUUUGUUUCUCUUCUUGAUAACAGCAGAGUAUCUCCUGACUAUCAUGUCCUACAACCGCUACGUUGCCAUCUGCAAACCCCUGCACUAUGAGACCUUCCUGGGCAGCAGAGCUUGUGUCCACAUGGCAGCAGCUGCCUGGGCCACUGGGUUUCUCCAUGCUCUGCUGCACACGGCCAAUACAUUUUCACUGCCCCUGUGCAAGGGCAAUGCCCUGGGCCAGUUCUUCUGUGAAAUGCCCCAGAUCCUCAAGCUCUCCUGCACACACUCCUACCUCAGGGAACUUGGGUUGCUUGUGGUUGGUGUAUUAGUAGCAUUUGUGUGUUCUGUGUUCAUUGUGGUGUCCUAUGUGCAGAUCUUGAGGGCCGUGCUGAGGAUCCCCUCUGAGCAGGGUCGGCACAAAGCCUUUUCCACCCGCCUCCCUCACCUGGCCGUGGUCUCCCUGUUCCUCAGCACUGGCGUGUUUUCCCACCUGAAGCCCCCCUCCAUUUCUUCCCCAAGGCAGGAUCUGGUGGUGUCUGUUUUGUACUCAGUGGUGCCUCCAGCAGUGAACCCCCUCAUCUACAGCAUGAGGAACCAGGAGCUCAAGGAUGCUCUGUGGAAACUCAUAUCUUACAAUUUCCUGAAGGAUUAA